AUAAAAGCUGGUGAUGAUGUGACAGGUAGCAAUAUUCGUCAAGGGCUUGAGGAAAGCAUUGAAAUCUAGUUUGCUAGUAGCAUCUCAUCACAGACUGGGUAAAAUGGAGUUGCCAUCAUUCACAAUAUUUCCAACUGAUGAAACUGUAAGUAUUAUCUCAAUCUAAUUGCUUGUACUUACAACUAUAAAGCCAUGCUAUAAAAUAAGUUAGGGAGCAGCAGCAAACAUCAGCAGAGAAUGGAUUCGAUCCAAAUAUGUUAAUUGUAGCCAAGAGUAUCUAGUGCAGAUGUCUCCAAUAGCACACCUAUGAGUAGCUCGCCAAACAAUUCUGAAGGUACAUGCAAUUUUUACGUGUUCCACCUCAAACUGUCAUUAACAAAUCUCACAUGUAUCAGACACCACAAGAGCCCAGUUACGCUACUAUCUAAUCAACGCAACUUUGACAUUAUCCCACCCCUGCCAAUUAAUUUCCAGCAAUAUUGCUCGUCUGUGUGGUGCACGCGUUUGUCUAUCACUCCGUGUGUAGCCAGUUGAUGUGAUUAACGUUUUGUGGGUUAACAGAAAUAAUUUCCCCAAAACCUUCACAAUUAAAAUGUUAACUGCAAAGUAGGCUUACCUGGCAGAAGUAUAUCAUGAGUAAGUAUAUAAUGUGUAUGGAUUAUUUGUUAUUUGCUAACUUUGCCAUGAACUGAGCAGCAUCAGUACAGAACCAUAGCUAGACUGGCACAUUCCUCACUGGCUAGAUGCACAAUUAAAGGGGAAUUAAACUCAACAAUCUAAAUGUGUUAGUUUUCUUCCAGACCCCCCAAAAAAUGUAUUCUGAUGUGAUUUAACCAUUGACAUGGACUCACAACAUCCAGUUGUGUUGUUUCUAUAUGAGCAAUUGUAAUUUUGAGUGAAAAACUUAAAGAAAAUCAAAACCAGGAAAAAUAAAAAUGAGAAAACAUAAAACAGAAUUUGAGAAAAAGAUCUCAGCUUUUAUAGGGCCCCCUUAGAGUUGUUUAUUAACUAUUACUUUACCAGGUAUAUUGGCAGAAAACAGUGCACUACUUUCUCUUCUACACUAAGGACCUGGGGAAGAGUUUCAGGGGAGAUGAGAAGAGAAAAAUCUGCCUAUUUGAAGGCUAGAAAAAAUGAGUCGCUCGUGACCUGUUUCAUUAAAAAAAAGUAGCUCUCAUGCUAGAAAAGGCUGGAGACUCCUGAUCUAGUGUUUGUCUUUUGAACUCCCAUACAAAGACCACAUAAAAGUUUCACAUCAACAUUAAUGUGGUUGGAGAGAAAAACAUUGUAUUUUCAACUCACCACUUUUAGUACCCAAAGUACCCAAGAUUCAGAUCAGGUUUUGGAUUAGACCAGUUUUCUGGAAGGGUUGUUUAUGAUGUUUGUAACAAUGUUUUUGUAGUCUGUGUUCGUGCAAGUAUGUGGUCAGUCUGUGUAUGUAUGGUAUUACAUCUACACAGAGAUGAUUUUAGUCAUUUUCAUGAUUUAAAUUCAAUACCAUUAAUGGCCUGCUUGAAUGUUCAGAUUCAGUGCUUGUAGCAAAUGUUUCUAACAGACACACAAACUUUGCCCCAGUAAAACCUGAAACAUCAGCAUCAAAAUGUCUAUGGUGCGCACAAAAGAACUGUCACCUUUCCCCCUAUAUUUAUCUCUGUCCUAGAUCUGUGUGUGUGGUGUCGACAGCGAGCGUGGUGAACCUGAGCCCCUCUCUGUAGCCCCCCUGGAGCGUUAGCCCCUCCAUCUCACACAGAAGGAAGUGGGACAGCGGUGUGGUUUUUCCUGUAGAGAAACAGGAUCUGGAGAUUACACAGAGGACUAUGAGGGUGGCUUCACUGAGACCCCAGGGGGAAUGUGUGACAAGUCCUGGGUGAGGGAGUUCCGGGGUCUCUACGAACCCCCUCUGUUCUGGCUCAUCUUCGCCUUGGGCGCCAUGGGCAACCUGAUGGUGGUCUUCAUCUUUACCACGGUACGCCACCGCCUCAAGACCAUGACCGACGUGUACCUACUCAACCUGGCUGUGGCUGAUCUCCUCUUCUUGGGUACUCUGCCCUUCUGGGCCGCUGAUGCCACCAAGGGCUGGGUGUUCGGCACGGGCCUCUGUAAGAUCCUCUCGGCCGUCUACAAAAUCAACUUCUUCAGCAGCAUGCUGUUACUCACCUGUAUCAGUGUGGACCGCUAUGUGGCAAUUGUCCAGGUCACCAAAGCUCACAACCUGAAGAACAAGAGGCUGUUUGUCAGUAAGCUGGCCUGCCUGGCUGUCUGGAUCAUUUCAGGCCUCCUGGCUCUGCCUGAGUUCAUCUUCGCCCAGAUUAAGCCUGACCACAGGGGGAGUUCCUUCUGUGUCCUGGUCUACCCCAACAACAUCUUCAACCGCACCAAGAUCCUGGUGCUGGCUCUGCAGGUCUGUGUGGGCUUCUGCCUGCCCCUGCUGGUCAUGGUGCUGUGCUACUCGGUCAUCAUCCGCACCCUGCUGCAGGCCAAGAGCUUCGAGAAGCACAAGGCACUGAGAGUCAUCUUCGCCGUGGUGGCUGUGUUUGUCCUCUCCCAGCUGCCAUACAACGGGCUACUCGUGGUUGAUGCCAUGCAGGCCGCCAACACCACCAUCACAGACUGUGCCAUAUCGGGCAAUUUCGAUGUCGCUGGGCAGAUUGCGAAGAGCCUUGCGUACACCCAUGCUUGCAUUAACCCCUUCCUGUAUGUGUUCAUUGGAGUUCGCUUCCGGAAGGAUCUGCUGAGGCUGCUGAGGCAGUACACCUGUGGCCUGAACCAGAGAGGCCUCAGUAAGAUGCAGGCAGUCCCCAAACGCCCCUCCGUCAUGUCUGACACCGAGACCACCCCUGCCCUCUCCUUGUAACACAGCCUCCCUGAGACCACUCCCCCCAUCUGGGAGUUACCACAUACACCCACAUAUUCAACAUCACCUCAGAUCAUACAGUUGGGUUGAAUCCUAGCUAAAGAUCUGUGUGCGCAAUUCAAAUUUCUCAUUGACAUCCAUACAUUUAAACAUGAAAGGUUAAUACCAGGGGUCUCAAAGUUAGGAUUCAGCCCCCUGUGAAUGCCUCCGACCUCAUCAUUCCUUCCAUAUGAUAUCAUAGGCUGCUAUGGACCGCAAGUUUCCAGGGCGACAAACCCAGCUGCAUCCUGAUUACAUUGGUAUUUUGCCAGUGUAUACAUUCAUUGUUGUUUACAUACAUUACCAGUCAAAGGUUUGGACACACCUACUCAU